CUCCGUGUACAUAACGCAGAUAGUGAGCUGCCCCAGAAAACCCUGUUGGGCACCAGUUUAACCCCAGAGUCCAAAAAUGCACUUGGACUUGGGACUAUCUAACCAUUAGAUUUGCGUUCCAGAGUUUGAUCUGUAUGACCUUGAAUGAGUCAUUGUAUUCAUACUGCUCUGUAGAAAGUCUCCCCUGGGGCCGGAGCUUGCCUCCUAUCCUCACAGAUUGUCUCCAGAUUGUUCUGAGAGGGUCUGUUUCCUCAGAACGGCGGCGUUAACUGUUUUCACCUUAAACUGAAAAAUGGCUCAGACAUAGAUCCUAGACACGCCUCUCCCGGCACCUUCUUACUGUAUUUUACUAAAUACUGAUUCCGUGGGCCGGGGAGAGACACGCUGGAGGGACCGGAUGACAUAGGCCCCGCGCUAGGCCAAAUGAGGAAUUUGUUUGUAUUCAAAGUGCAGUGAGAAGUCAGCGGGCGAAUGAAAUAGUGGAGCAGUAGGAUCACAUAGGAUACAGGAAGACGCCUCUGGCAGAGGUGUGGAGAAUGGACUGUUGAGGGACAAGAGGAGGAAUUGAGGGGUCAUUCGGGAGGUGGUUGUGGUUGGCCCGCAAAACGUGAUGCAAGCAUAGACAGGUGCAGGGAGAGGAGCAGCGAGGAGGUCCAUUUGAGCUGGAUUUUGGUGGGACAGUGACUUGCUGAAGGAUCGGAGUGGGGAGAGAAAGGAAUCGGGGGGACCUCGAAGCUUUGCUUGAAAACUGGGUGGUUCGCUGGCACCCUUUACAAAAAAAUGAAGUCUCACCUGCCACAAUUUGGCUUUUACUAGUUCAAAUGGAGCAAAAAUAGCAGGCUUGAAAAUUACUUAAACAGAAAAGACAUCUGAAAACUGGGAUAAAUAUUUAACCGCCCACAAACAGUUAUAAAACCACCAGUCUGGUACUCCAGAAUUACAAGAUGCAAAAAUGGUGAUUGGAAGUGUUCAUUUUUUUUCAUUAAUUUUUUUUACCAAAUACCUAGAGCCUUACCACACCUCCAUCUCCACACCUUAUCUCCAUUGUCAUUUCCAGGCAUACACGUGCAGCUUCUUGCUGGACAUUAGAUAUGAAUGUCAGUUGGACCCUCAAAUAAAAAUACUGCUUUCUUUCACCUGCAUUUUCCAUCUUCCAGCACCUCUGUGCAUGGUCAUCACAGUCUUUAAGGCCAUUAAACUAGACCCCUUGGAAUCAUUUCCUCUUGUCCAUCAUACCCAAUUGAUACCAACUCUUACCGAUCGAUCGAUCGGUGGCCUCUUCUUUGCGGUUGGCAUCGCCCAGUAUGCCCUGUUGGGAUACUUCAUCCGCUCCUGGAGGACCCUCGCCAUUCUGGUUAACCUGCAGGGAACAGUGGUCUUCCUCCUAUCUUUAUUCAUUCCUGAAUCACCUCGUUGGUUAUACUCCCAGGGUCGGCUGAGUGAGGCUGAAGCGGCUCUGUACCUCAUUGCCAAGAGGAACCACAAGCUCAAGUGUACGUUCUCACUAACAUAUCCGGCCAGCAGAAGCUACAGGGAGACCGGAAGUUUCCUGGAUCUCUUCCGUUACCGGAUCCUCUUGGGGCACACGCUGACCCUGAUGUUCAUCUGGUUCGUGUGCAGCUUGGUGUAUUAUGGCCUCACUCUGAGUGCAGGUGAUCUCGGCGGAAAUAUUUAUGCCAACCUGGCCCUGUCUGGCCUCAUAGAGAUUCCUUCUUACCCUAUCUGCAUCUACUUGAUUAACCAAAAAUGGUGUGGCCGGAAGCGGACCUUAGCAGCAUUUCUGUGCCUAGGAGGACUGGCUUGUCUUAUUGUGAUGUUCCUUCCAGAAAAGAAAGACACGGGUGUGUUUGCAGUGGUGAACAGCCAUUCCUUGUCUCUGCUCGGGAAGCUGACGAUCAGUGCUGCCUUUAACGUGGUCUACAUCUACACGUCUGAGCUGUACCCCACAGUCAUCAGGAAUGUUGGGCUUGGAACCUGUUCUAUGUUCUCCCGAGUUGGUGGGAUUAUUGCUCCCUUCGUCCCCUCACUGAAAUAUGUGCAGUGGUCCUUACCCUUCAUUGUCUUCGGAGCCACCGGCCUGACUUCGGGCCUCCUGAGUUUAUUAUUGCCAGAAACCCUUAACAGCCCAUUGCUAGAGACAUUUUCUGACCUUCAGGUGUAUUCAUAUCGGAGGCUGGGGGAGGAGGCGUUAUCUUUACAGACCUUGGAUCCCCCACAGUCUUCAGACAAGGAGAACACUUUAGGGAGUGAGAGUGAGGAAGAGGAGGAGUUUUUUGAUGCGGAUGAAGAAACACAGAUGAUUAAGUGAAGAGCCCCCGAGCCUCCGUCACAAGCAGAUGAUCUCCUUGCCUCUGGUCAAGGCAGGCUUUUCUGGGAAACUUCAGAGAGUUGUCGAAAUACAGGCUUGAACGUACAUGGAAGGUACUCCUUAUGGGCUCAUUGUUUUCAGGCACCAGGGAAGAUGGAGAAGACAUUGCAUGAGAGAAACAUCACCAUAUCAGGGGAACAGUCGUCCAGAAUUCACGUUCAGUUCAGAACCUUGACAUCUGGUCAGGUAGCUCAAAUCCACAUGCCGGAGGGGAAAGCUAAUUUGUUUCUGGAAGUCGGAUCGUAUUACUUAUCUUUCCUCCUGACCUAAAGGCAGACAUGUAAGAUUUCUUCUCACCACACUAGUGGGAUAAGAGAAACCACCCUUCACAUCUCAUCUGAAUACCAUAUCUGACGCCUCCCCCUUACCAUUUGUGCCUCACUCACCAGGAAUCUCUUGAGGCAGAUUGGCGUUAGCAUUUCACUUUGGUGCCAGAGGAAAAGCACUGAGAGGUGACUGUGUGUGGCCUGAGGCCUCCAGCUUUACCCUAACUGAUGAGACCUGGGUCCUCAGCUUGGUUCCCAGGCUAAUGGUUGGCUUGAACUCCUUGUGCCGUUGGUCCCACAGACAAUCCACUCGGAAAAGCCAAGUGUAUUGAAGGGAUUCUCUCAGAGCCAAAGGCAUGGCUGCAGCUGCUUGUUCACUCUCUUUGACACUCAACUUGGGUCAUUUCUUCAGUUACGACUUGUGUGCACCUCCAGGAAAAUUUCCAUCUCAGAUUCUAGUACCAGCAAUAACUGUGUCAGAACUGUGUCAGUAAGUGAGGAAGCUUUUAAAAAUGGAGGGCAGUUAAAAAAUGGCAUGUUGAGGGGCGCCUGGGUGACUCAGGCAGUUAAGCGUCCAACUUUGGGUCAGGUCAUAAUCUCUUGGUCCGUGGGUUCGAGCCCCAUGUCGGGCUCUGUGCUAACAGCUCUGAGCUUGGAUCCUGCUUCAGAUUCUGUGUCUCCCUCGCUCUCUGACCCUCUCCCGCUCAUUCUCUCUCUCUCUCUCUCUC